UGCCUUCCCCCUUCCCGAACGGAGCGGCACCGGCGCGGCGGCGCCUGCGCACGCCCAAGCGAAAGCGAGCAAAGCAAUCCCCCACAACGAUUCAAAACCCUAACCAACUUCCUCCCCCCUCGCCGGCAUGGCCCUGGAGAGCUCGGCCGCCGCCGCCGGGACGGGGUCAGGCUCCGACGGCGAGGCGGACGCCGACCGCUUUUACAGCCGCCGCCGUAGCAGGUCCCCGUCCCCGUCCCCGAUCCCCUCCCGCUCCCGAUCCCGCUCCAAGACCCCUCCCCCCAGCAUCGCCCCUGGAGCCGCCCCGCUCUCCUCCACCCCAACCUCCGCGGGGGCCGACGUCGCGGCCGCAUCCGACGCCGACGCGGGCGCCGGCGGCCGCGCCCCGUCGCCGAGGCGCGGAGACGGCAAGGGUCCCCCCAGCGACCACGUCGACUCCGAUGCGGACGCCGACGCCGGCACCGGCCGCCGCGUCCCUUCCCCGAGGCGCCGCGGCGAGCGCUCCCCAAGCUUCCGUUCCGGCUCGGACGCCGACGCCGCCCGUGGCGGCGGCCGCGUGCCGUCCCCGAGGCGCAACCGCGAGCGCAUCCCGCGCCUCCACUCCGACUCCGACUCUGACAACUCCGUCGCCACCGCCAACUUCACCGCCACCACCUCAGAAGAUGACGGCGGAGGUGCCGGCGCCGCGUCGCCGUCGCCUCGCCCCCGUCUAUCCUCCCCCAUCAAGGCCUCCAGCAUCAUGCCCAUCCGCGCGCGCCCGAUGGACGUGCCCUGCCGCGAUGCUGCGGCGUCCUCCGAUCUCCGCACCAAGCGCCGCCACAGCCCCAUUGAGCGUCGCACCCCGGAGUACCACAAGCGGCCGUCCCGGGUUUGGAGCCCUGAAGACGAGGUCACCAUACUGAAUGCCCUCAUUGAGUACCGCCUCAAGGAAGGCCGGCUCCCUGGGUCGAGUCAGGACACAAGCAAGCUGCACUCUCAGAUUUAUGGCCGGCUCACUGCUAAUGCGUCCACUACCCAGCUUAGCGACAAGGUCAGGCGCCUCAAGCAUAAGUACAGGUUGCAGGUCAAACGUGCAAAGAAUGGACGGGUCCCUGACUUGCCAACAGAGCAUGACCGCAGUGUCUAUGAACUUAGCAAGAAAGUUUGGAGAUUGAAGAGUCUAGAAGGGAGAUCUCUUGCGCACGAGGAGACUGGGGAUGCAGAGAGCAAUGAAGAGAAGGGGAUCAAGGAGAGUGACGAGGAUAUGGAUAAUGGGGGAGAACACGGUGAACGCACGAGCAAGAAGCCAAAGACAUCUAGAUUUCAGAAUGACAACGGUAAUGCAACUCUUACUGUGGGUAGGGCUAGCCAUGGCAGUGGGAGAGAUAGUGCUGAGAAGGGAAAGCAAAUGUACCCGUACCUGUGGGCGGCUGUCGAGGAGCUGUCAAAGGAGCACCCGAGUGGACCAAUAUUCAGGAAGGUGUUUGGUUUACUUGAAAAGUCAAAGGCAAGAGUGAUAGAGGAGAAGCUGCGGAAGUUCAGAAUGUCAGUGAUCAGGCUGCAGCUGAAUCGGAUGGACUUGACGAAGUUGUCAGUGGGGAUGGUGCUUGAUGCACUGGGAGGGGCAUACUGAAGGUUGGAAUUGACAUACUGCUGGAUUCUGGAAUCUGUGGUUCAGUGAGUAUGUUGCUCAAAAAGGGUAUCCCAAGUCUUCUGGGUGCCUCGAAGAGUCUUGUUCUGGUGUUAUGCACAUAUGGUUUGUUGUGUCAACUUUUGUGGUGAAGGAUAGUUUCCUUGAUCCAAACUAGACCUAGACCAUGGAGUUAUGACCACUGCUUGUUAUCCUCCCCGGAAAAUUAUGCUUUAUGCCCUUAGGUUCUAAUUUAUGCCUAUUUGUCAUGCCGUUGUUAUGUUUCUGUUUAAUGUUAAUUACUUUAUCUAUAUUCAUUUCAGUUUUUCCUUUCCAAAUGCAUCUGUAAGGCUUAGUGCUUGCUAGGUUCUUCCAGCCAAAGGAACUAAAAUCAGUGUGCCCUGAAAUGAUAUAUGUUCAAAGGGUCAAUA